AUGGACUUCAACGAUCUUCAUCCCUCAGAUGAUUACAGUCACAGGUUUUUUAUCUGGCACGAAUGGAUCCAGGCGAACGGUCCUCUCACUUCGGAGAACGUAUUUGAUUAUUUCGCUACGUCAAUGUUCUAUGACAAGCAGAGCAAUAAUCAAGUUUUGCGCAUGCAGACCAUGCACACGGGCGUACCCAUAGCAAAUGAAUCCGAAGAACUCAAACGUUUUACGGGCAUUGAAUUUGCUCUUGUGCAUGCUCAGCCACCUUCGCUAUUCAUUAUUCACAAAAGAGAGCGAUUAUCCCCUCAGGAAGUUCGCCCUCUUGCUGCUUAUUUUAUCAUGAACAACCGAAUCUAUCGGUCGCCAGACGUCUACGAGGUUCUCUCCAACCGUUUGCUUACUUCCCUAUACGCUUUGCAGUCCUCUCUAGAUAUACUGCGUAUCAACCGACCUGACUAUACCCCUCGCACGGGAUUUAUCUGGCCAAUCACGGAACAGGCCAUUUCUGACGAUACUAGCAAAAAAUGGGGCGCAGAGGAUUCUGCAACUGCUGCAGGCGAGACGGAGAUCUCUCAGACGUCACAGUCGGAGAGUCAAAAACCCACUUCAAACGCCAGUGGACCAAAAAAGCAACAGAACAAUAUGUUGAUGUAUAACGCAAUGAGGUCUACUGCGUUUCACUCAAAAAUUUCCUUUUCUUCCUCUGCUUCUGUCAGAGAUAGGGAGAGUGUUCCCCCCGAGUCCCUGGGAAUACGCUCCUCAGCUACACCUGCACCUACGGCGACCAGGGCCGCGACCCCAGCCAGCGGUCCCGUACCACAAGAUACACUUCCACCGAAAGGUGCGCCUGGUGCGGGUAAAAAGAAGAAAAAACGUACGUGUCAAUCGAGAUCGAUGUUGUUCCUCGCGCGUUUAUAA